AUGAACACUUUGACGUCCAACGAGCUUGCUGGUGCGAAGGAACCUCGAAACCACGGUGGUAGGGAUGGCGACGGUUAUAAGCUUCCUCGCACUGCCCUUGGUGCAAGACCGACCAAAACCCCUCUUCCAACUACCACCACCAUGUCGAACGACUUUGAACUGGCGCCGAACGAGAGCCGCUCCACCGACUCGGCACCAGUUCCUGAGGCGGAAGAACUGGCUGCUAUGCAGAUUCAGUUACUGGAACGGGCGAUGGACAUCAUCAAAGCUCACGCUUCGGAGGCGGCCACCAACCUCAUCAGGCUCAAGGCUUUGUUGGCUUCCGAAUUAGAAACGGAAUCUACCCAAUACAGUGCUCUGCAACGGGAGAGAUGGCUGGAAGAACGGCGCGAACUGGAUGCUACCAGAGCUCUUUGGAGUGCGUGUCAGCAUGUCGAAGCCGUAGUCGACCAAGACCUGCCAUUCUUUGUGGAGCAAAGGAAUGCACAGCAACGUCGUCGCCUGUGGUACGAGAAGCUUGCGGAAGAGGAGAGGCUGGAGAACGGGCCAUCGCUACCGUCGGAUGAAUCGAACCAAGGUGGAUUUUACCCUCUGUCAAAGUCAUUCCGCCGAACGAAACCUCGCCCACCGACCGACUCGCCGCAAACAAGCGAAGGCCGUUCCUUCCUUCCCAUACCACCAGCUGUUCCUCACUCCCGCACUCGCUUGCUCCCCCUCAUGUUGGCCAGUAAAGCAGAUCCUGCUGCGCUAGCACGAAAGACUAACCGAGUCUCCUCGACAUCCACGUCUUCCUCGUCCGCAAGCUCUGAACUUCGAACCCCAGUCACCUUCGUUCAUAACAUAGAUCCCAUUCAGCCACCGGAGUUGGACGGUAACGGACCGUCUGCGUCUGGCACUGUCACAAUCUAUCGAUCGAGUGCCUUCGACAGCCGCCCGCCUUCCAGUGUCAUUGGCCACGAAGGCCGUGAAACUCCAACCGAAGUUUCUGAGAUCAAGAAGUUGGUAGAGGACAAGUUGUCACCCGUACCGAUGCCAGAUUACGUCGCAGACCUUCUCUCGGAAUUUGACACUCAAUCGACGGUACCGGCGCUGCCAUUAUUCUCUCCGAAGGGUGAUGAUGGCAGUGUGUCGUCACACUCCCACAGAGGAAGUGUAUCCUUUGCGUCGCCCAAGAGUGCACCAACCAGUCCGGCCCGCAGUCGACGAACAUUGCACAAAGUACCCUCAAAGCGGUUCAGCGGGUUCUUUGCCAAGCGACAGCCAUCCUCCAGCUCUCUUAAUCAGUCUCCUUAUAUCAUCCAUUCAACACAGAUACCCAGCAGGCUAGGAAGCUCGAUUGACCUAGUCAUACCAGAAGACCGUCCAUUCUCCCUCGAUUUCAAUCUAGAUUUGUCAGAUCCAGAAACCAGUCGCAACACCUCUUCUGGUAGUCGUUACCUCAAUCCCAAGCGGUUCUCGGACUCUGCCGCAUCCAUGGCAUCGUUGUUAUCUUCCCGUGAAUUCCACAGUGACGGCGGUGAUCCUAAUGCCACGCCUGUCCCGCCUUCCUCUAUACCCUCAAGUGCCCCAGCCACCUAA